AUGAUCUUCCACCUCUUCAGAUCCUGGCUCACCGUACUCUUCGGAAGUGCCUUCCAAUCGACCGAGAAGACCUCAUACAAGUCACCCUAUAUCGGCGGCAGCGACUUCACCAGCCGGGAUUAUCGGAGUCGGCGCGGACCCCCUAGCGUGAAUCCCAUCACCAAUAUGACAUUCAGCGAGAGCAAGGAACGGAUAGUCGAGGAUGUUAAGAUGCAGAACAUGAACAUAUACUCGGAGCCUGUGGCCGACGGCGCAAUUUUCAAAGGCAUAAUGGUUUCAAACCAGAUUGAAGUCACUCAUGAGACUAGAAGUAGUCACAAUCUCACUUCGGUCACCACCCACCAAUCUUGGUAA